AUGCUGCCCAUCAUGGACCAGCUGCUCGGGGCCCUGGGCCUGGAGAAGACCGCCUUCCGGGUGGGCGCCGUAUCCAUGCUGCUGCUGUGCCUCCUCUUCCUGCUCUUCCAACAGCUGCUGCGGCUCCUGCAGCGGUGCUGCUGCUUCUACCAGACCUGCCAACGGCUGCGCUGCUUCCCCCAGCCGCCCAGGCGCAACUGGUUUCUAGGCCAUCUGGGCAUGUAUCUCCCGAACGAGUCCGGUCUCCAAGAUGAAAAGAAAGUGUUGGACAGCAUGCACCAUGCCAUUCUCGUGUGGAUGGGGCCCGUCCUCCCACUGCUGGUUCUGGUCCACCCUGACUAUAUCAAGCCCGUGCUGGGGGCCUCGGCCGCCAUUGCCCCGAAGGACGACCUCUUCUACGGCUUCCUGAAGCCUUGGCUGGGGGACGGACUGUUGCUGAGCAAAGGGGAGAAGUGGAGCCGCCACCGCCGAAUGCUGACGCCUGCCUUCCACUUCGACAUCCUCAAGCCCUACAUGAAGAUCUUCAACCAGUGCAGCAACACCAUGCAUGCCAAGUGGCGGCGUCUGGUGGGAGACUCGGUGACCUCCCUGGACAUGUUCGAGCACGUGAGCCUCAUGACCCUGGACACGCUGCAGAAAUGCGUCUUCAGCUACAACAGCGACUGCCAGGAGAAACAGAGUGACUACAUCUCGGCCAUCAUCGAGUUGAGCUCGCUGGCCGUGCGACGCCAGUACCGCCUGCACCAGUACCUGGACUUCAUCUACUACCGCACGGCCGACGGGCGGCGCUUCCGUGAGGCUUGCGACACGGUGCAUCACUUCACCACCGAGGUCAUCCAGGAGCGGCGGCGCGCGCUGCGCAUCCAGGGCACCGAGGCCUGGCUGCAGGCCAAGCAGGGCAAGACCCUGGACUUCAUCGACGUGCUGCUGCUGGCCAGGGAUGAGGACGGGAAGGAGCUCUCUGACGAGGACAUCCGGGCCGAGGCCGACACCUUCAUGUUUGAGGGCCACGACACCACGUCCAGCGGCCUGUCGUGGGUGCUGUUCAACUUGGCCAAGCAUCCCGAGUACCAGGAGAAGUGCCGGGAAGAGAUUCAGGACAUCAUGAAGGGCCGGGAGCAUGAGGAGCUGGAGUGGGACGACCUCACCCAGCUGCCCUUCACCACCAUGUGCAUCAAGGAGAGCCUGCGCCAGUUCCCGCCCGUCACCCUCGUCUCCCGCCGCUGCACCCAGGACAUCAAGCUGCCCGACGGCCGUGUCAUCCCCAGAGGCAUCAUCUGCCUCGUCAGCAUCUAUGGGACCCACUACAACCCCACGGUGUGGCCCGACUCCAAGGUGUUCAACCCCUACCGCUUCGACCCCGACGCCCCGCAGCAGCGCUCCCCGCUGGCCUACGUGCCCUUCUCGGCCGGACCCAGGAACUGCAUCGGGCAGAGCUUCGCCAUGGCCGAGAUGCGCGUGGCCGUGGCGCUGACCCUGCUGCGCUUCCGCCUGACCGUGGACCGGACGCGCAAGGUGCGGCGGAAGCCCGAGCUCAUCCUGCGCACCGAGGGCGGCAUCUGGCUCAACGUGGAGCCGCUGCCCGCCAGGGCCUGA